AUGAUCCUUGCUAGCAUUAUGAGUCAUGCCAUUGUACGAGUAGUGCCAGUGAGGAAGAAGUGCCCCUGCCCUUCAGGGGGUGAGCGAAGGCCCCCAGAGAUUACCAGAGGACCUACGCAAACAAGCGUCAGAAGGGUCUUCGAUCGUGUAUGCACUGUGCUGAAUGAUAAGUCGGUGCAGGAAAUCAAGAUGCCUCCAACACUCCUUGAUCAAAGGAGAACUGCACAGCAGUUCUUCAUGAUCAAAAAUUCCCCAAGGGUUAUUGGGGCCAUUGAUGGCACUCAAAUUGCCAUCAAGGCCCCAGGUGUGGACGAGGCCCUCUACUUCAACCGGGAAAAGUCUCACUCCCUGAACAUCCAACUUGUUUGUGAUGCGAUUAGAGUGAUCCUCAGCUACUGCUCCAGAUUCCUAGCUGACCAGGAGCAACUUAUUGAUUUGUCAUGUGACGGUUCACUGAAACUUGUGUUUGAUGCAGGACCUUUGGAAAAAUUUUGGUUGCAAGUUAAAGAUGAGUACCCUUCCUUGUCAACUAAGGCCAUUGAUUUAAGAGACUCUGCUCAGAGAAGCAAGCGCAACCAUCACACUAGUAAAGGUGCUACACAUGAUGCUUUUGUGUGGAGCAACUGUAAUCUGAGUCAUUGGUUUGAGGGAGAGGAAUUUGGUGAUUUCCUGCUUGCUGUACAGACCCAUCAAGUGUGCAAAAAUAAUGCAUGCCUGCUCCUCCACAACCGCUGCAUCAAGCGGGGUAUUCUGCUUCCUGCUGACGUACCACCUCUUGAGGAUGAAGAAAUGGACCAUGAUGACGCCAACCCUGCUGUGCUGCAGAGGGGUCGACGUGCUCCAGGCAAAAGUGUUCAGCAGGAACCCGUACAAAACUACUUCCAGCAAUGUAGUAAGAAAGUCAGCCGGUGGGUGCAGCAUAGAGUUCCUCCGUAUGACGUAGAGCAAGUUUAUCCUUACUCCUCAUUCUAUUUUGCGCCCCCAGUGCGUUCUCUAAAUGACAUUUAG